AUGAUUUUGUAAUUGAUAUUGAAUAUUAAAUCUGGAAUGAUUUAUAUCACUUUAUUGAAUUGUAUACUCAGCAUCAUUGCUAAAGAUUGUUCUAACUUUCCAAGCGAUUACACAAAAAUAGUUGGAAAAGAAAAUGAAAUAAUUAUUUAAGAUCUAUCAGAGUAUUUUGAUGAUGUUAAAUAUAAUUACAGUAUCACAUUAUCAGACCAAAAUAAAAAGCUUACUCUGCUUUCACCAAUUAAUUUAUAAACUACAUUAUAAAUGGCUCCUAAUGGUAAAUAUAUAUUUAUAUAUUUUUAGUAAAUAAAGUUUUAACAUAUUCAGUGUUGACUAAUGCUUAAAAUCAAUGGACCAAUAAAUUCUAAUUGUUAGCUAUCAGAGAACAAAAUGAAUAAAUAUUAACAUGGACAAAGCAUAUUGUAGCAGGUACAUAAUAGCGAUAUCCUGUAUUUGAUACAACACUAAUUAUUGGAAAAACUGAAGAAGUUAGAUGUCAAUCUUCAACUAUUUUAGAUAUAUCUCAUCUAUUACUUGAUUGUUAUUAAGUAAAUGAUUAAGAGCCAUAAACUUAUCUUUAUAUGAUUAGUCAAAAUGAUGAUGAAUAAUUAUUAAAAAUUGAAUUAAACUAUCCUUAUGAUAAAAGUUAAUAAAGGUACAUCGUAAGCACAUAUCAGUACAUUUAUAGAAUAACUUUAAAAACAAAUAAUAAUCCAGCAAUUAUAGAAAUGUUUUCUUAUGAUUUAUAGACCAAAACCAUAGCACUAAAAUAAAUAAUCAAUUAAGAGUGGAUGUAAUAAUAUGUUAAUAUUACUGAAUAUUCAUUUGAUAUGAUCGAUGCUAAGAUAAGUCCAUCUAAUGAAAUUUCCAUUUUAGAUAAAACUGGAAAUUUAUUUUAUUUUAAAUACUACUCUUCAAACAAUACAUGGUAUUUUUACCAUCAAGCAUUAUUAUUGGGAGAAUCUAUUUCAUUUGAUUAUUAAUUUAAGGAUUCAGAAUAUGCAAUCUUAUAAAAGAAUACUGUUUUGUUUCGAUCAAAAAAUUAUACAUCACAAGAAGACUUGUCUAAUUCAAAACUCUAUUUUAGCAAUAAUUUCCUUUUUUUAACUUCUUCAACCAAAAUGAUAGCUUUUGACAAAUAUUUAUAAAUAAUAUAAAUAGUUGAUGGGGAUUUUAGCAAUUUUUUGGUAGAUUAAGGUUAAAAUGACUUUUUGACGUUUACAAAUUAAAAUAUAAAACAUUAUUUUAGUCACUCUAAGUAUAGAAUCUAAUAUCAAAAUAAUGAUUAAGGAAUCACUGGAAAUUCUUAACUAAAUAUGAAUGGAUGCUAAGUAACUAUUGAUUAUCAAACAGUUUCAAAAAAUUCUGUUGAUUUAAUUUUAAUAUCCAAAGGAAAUAUAUAAGAUUCACCCUUCUUUUCAAAGAAUAAUUAUUUUUUAUANAACAUAUUCAGUGUUGACUAAUGCUUAAAAUCAAUGGACCAAUAAAUUCUAAUUGUUAGCUAUCAGAGAACAAAAUGAAUAAAUAUUAACAUGGACAAAGCAUAUUGUAGCAGGUACAUAAUAGCGAUAUCCUGUAUUUGAUACAACACUAAUUAUUGGAAAAACUGAAGAAGUUAGAUGUCAAUCUUCAACUAUUUUAGAUAUAUCUCAUCUAUUACUUGAUUGUUAUUAAGUAAAUGAUUAAGAGCCAUAAACUUAUCUUUAUAUGAUUAGUCAAAAUGAUGAUGAAUAAUUAUUAAAAAUUGAAUUAAACUAUCCUUAUGAUAAAAGUUAAUAAAGGUACAUCGUAAGCACAUAUCAGUACAUUUAUAGAAUAACUUUAAAAACAAAUAAUAAUCCAGCAAUUAUAGAAAUGUUUUCUUAUGAUUUAUAGACCAAAACCAUAGCACUAAAAUAAAUAAUCAAUUAAGAGUGGAUGUAAUAAUAUGUUAAUAUUACUGAAUAUUCAUUUGAUAUGAUCGAUGCUAAGAUAAGUCCAUCUAAUGAAAUUUCCAUUUUAGAUAAAACUGGAAAUUUAUUUUAUUUUAAAUACUACUCUUCAAACAAUACAUGGUAUUUUUACCAUCAAGCAUUAUUAUUGGGAGAAUCUAUUUCAUUUGAUUAUUAAUUUAAGGAUUCAGAAUAUGCAAUCUUAUAAAAGAAUACUGUUUUGUUUCGAUCAAAAAAUUAUACAUCACAAGAAGACUUGUCUAAUUCAAAACUCUAUUUUAGCAAUAAUUUCCUUUUUUUAACUUCUUCAACCAAAAUGAUAGCUUUUGACAAAUAUUUAUAAAUAAUAUAAAUAGUUGAUGGGGAUUUUAGCAAUUUUUUGGUAGAUUAAGGUUAAAAUGACUUUUUGACGUUUACAAAUUAAAAUAUAAAACAUUAUUUUAGUCACUCUAAGUAUAGAAUCUAAUAUCAAAAUAAUGAUUAAGGAAUCACUGGAAAUUCUUAACUAAAUAUGAAUGGAUGCUAAGUAACUAUUGAUUAUCAAACAGUUUCAAAAAAUUCUGUUGAUUUAAUUUUAAUAUCCAAAGGAAAUAUAUAAGAUUCACCCUUCUUUUCAAAGAAUAAUUAUUUUUUAUACACUAAUAUUUAACCAAGAUAAUUAGUAUCAGGUCCUAAAUAAAAAAUAUCAUUUGAUAAAAAAAAGAAAGAUAAUUUAUAUGGAGGAGGAAAUUUAACUUAAAUUUCAAUUAAUGGGAAUUUGGAGGGAAAGUAUACAAAUAAAAACUUAAGUUUGAGUGAUUUGAUUUUUGUAUAAACAGUCUCUAUGGCAUAAUCUUUUGAUUAACCUUAUGCCAUUAUUACUUAGAAUAAAGAGAAAAUAUUGAGUAUAUAUAAUUGCUAAACUAUUACAAUUGAAGUUUGCUAAUUAUCAUAUUAAACAAAGCUAGACUUUGAAAUAACUGAACAAAAUACAGUUAUUAAAUAUUAUUAUUAUGAUUUUAGUUUCAUCACUUUAUUAGAUAAGAAAACAUUAUUUCUUUACAGAUUUUACUCAAAUUCUUACUUUAAUAAAAGUAUUACUUUAAAAGAUGAUGAUGAAAUCAAUAGUAUUGAUAGCAUUUAUUUAAAUAAUAAUUAUUUAGUAUUAUUUUCAAAAGCAAUUAAGAAAAUAGGAAUUUAUAAUUUUUAGUCUGUUGAUAUACUUUAUAUUAUAAGUGCUAAUAGUUUGAAAGAAUUAGGAUUUAAUGAUUGGGACCCACAAUAAUUAUUUUCAAAUGAUUUUAGUGAUCUUUUAUUUGUUAUUAAUGGUUAAGAAUAGACUCAACUUCUGAUGUUAAAUAUCACCAAUACUGAUUUCUCUUUAGGAUUCAAUAUGAAGAUAUCAAAAUCUAAAGACACUCGUAUCAUAAAUUUUUAUAAUCGAUUUGCAAUACUUAAGUAGUAUGAAAAUGGAGCAUAUACUUUUGAUAUUUACAAUAGACAAGAUGCUACAAAUGUUUAUCUAGAAAAGACUCCAUCAUUUUAUGAUUAUAAAAUUGAUAAUUUGAACUCUUUCUUUUGGGUUUCAUACAAUAAUUUAUUGCAUGUUAAAGCUAAAUCAGAAUUCAAAUCAGUUAUAUUAACUUAUAUUGUUGAGUUAACAGAUCAUAAUUCAUUAUUUUGUGUGUAAGAUUGGGAUCCUGCAAAUCAAUUUGUAACAGCUACUUAAAAUACUAUAUUUUAAUUCAAUAAGGAUAAUGUUUGGGUUUAUUAUAUAUAAAGAUACCCUCGUUUAGAAUAUCAAGUGAAAUUUGAUGAUAAUACUUUUAUUACAAAUGAAGAUUAUUAAAUUGUUUAUUCAAAUGAAUAACUUUUACUUCUUGAAUAAAAAUUUAGAUUAGUAAACACCUAGGUAAAUUUGAACAUAGAUCCAACCAAAUUAAAAAUUAAUACUAAUUUAACAUCAGAUAAAUAUAAUAAUUAUGUUUAAGAUAUGGGUAAUGAUUGGUAUUAAGGAGAAGUCACUUAAUUUUAUUUACUAAUACCUUUAUUGAAUGAAUCCAAAGCAGAAAUAAUUAAUCCUAUAGAAGUUGUAUAAGAUUAUUAUGGAAAUAAUACUAAAAAUGUUGUUGAUUUUAGUACAGAAUACAUUUUUGUAUUAAAAAAUGAAUCAUAUCUUCUUAUUAGUAAAAAGACGAAUUAAAUAGUUGUGAAUGAAAAUAUUACAAAAGGUUAUUUAUGUGAAGAUAUUGUUGCUAGUUUUGAUGAGCAAGUCUUAAUUUAAUGUUAUAAUAGUGAUAAAUAAUAUGUAGGAGGAGUGCAAUGUGAAAAUACUAAUUGUAAAGUAGGAAAUUCUUGGUUAGAAAUAGAGGGUGAUAUCAUAUCUGGAUAUAUUGAUUCAGAAAAUAUCUUUAUUAUUUAAAGAAAUAAAAUUUUAGCAUAUUCAAAAAAUAUUUUAGAUUUAUCUGAAAGUAAAAAUUAUGGUAAAAUAAAUUUAAAUGAUUUAAAAAAUUAUUAUGGAUUAACAAUUUAUAAAAUAAAGAAUAAUCAUUAUCAAGUUUAUUGCACCGAUCAUGAAUAUACAUUUGUUUUAUUAGAAUAUAGUAUCAAGGAGGAUCAAAUAUUAAGAACAAAUCAAAUUUCAUUAGAUUUAUAUGAUUUUAUAAAUGAAGACUUUUAUAUAUUAAAAUAGUCUUACUACUCGUGCAUAAAAACAAUUAAUGUUUAGGUUACUGAUAAUUCAUACAAAGCAGACCUUAUUUUAUUUGCAACUGAAGGUCCUCAUUAUGGAAUUCAUGUUGAAUUUACUUGUUAAGCUGACAAAUGUGAAAUACAAUAAAAAAAGAUUGUAUUUAUAUUAUAAGGUUAUGGAUCAUUUGAAAUAUUGGGAUUCUUGUUCUCUUCUGUUAAAAUAGUUAACAAUUUUAUUUAAGUUUCAUAUACAGAUCAUGGAAGAAGCAUAUUAGUUUAGACAAUCUAUUAAUUACCUAAAUUACAAACAACUCAUUCAGCAAUUACCUUUUUUGCUGCCUUGAAACCAAUUUCUUAUUAUUUUAGAAACGAUAUUUAAUAAGAAUUAUACUCUUAUGAUAAUAAAGUAUUAUUAUUUAUUUAUAUAAAUAGUUGUAUUUCAUUACUGAUUCAAAUCAUUUCGGUUCAUUGGCAUUGUAUAAAAUUAAUUUUUCACCUCAGCUCUUGCUAGAUGGAAAAAUGAACAAUGUUACAGGGUUUCUUUCAAUUUUUAAUGAUUUUUCUGCAGCUUCAAUACCUCUAAAUAUUUAUGUACCUGGAGGUAAUAAUGAUGAUGAUGACGAUAAAGAUAUUAGUAAUAAUAGUCAUAAAGUAUUAUGGAUUACUUUAGGUGUAGUUGGAGCAUGUAUAAUUUUUGGAAGUGGAUAUUAUUGUUACAAAAAAAAGAAAACUAAAGUAGAAACACUAAUCUGAUUAAAUAAUUUAAAAUAUAUAC